AUGUCAGACCAAAUACCAAAUCAUACACCAGAUGAGAAGCUACUACAGCCGACGGGUGAAAGUGAAUCAAUAACGGUUACCACUGAUAGUAAUAACAAUGACGAAACAAUACCUCCAUCAAAACGUAAACAUCCUCAAACCAAAUCAACUAAAAGAACAAAAUAUAGAAAUUUAAAAGAUUCAGAAAGGAAACAAGUUAAAAUAAAUGAAUCAUCAAUAUCUCCAUCACCAACACCAAAUCAAGAAGAAGAACAAUUAAUAACAGAUCAGGAACAGCAAAAACAAAUAGAAUUACCAAGAAAAAGAUUUUAUAGACAAAGAGCUCAUUCAAAUCCAUUUAGUGAUCAUAGAUUGAAUUAUCCAAAAUCUCCAAAUUCAAUGAAUUGGUCAACCAUAUAUCCACAACUGGAACUAGACAAGGGGAAAAAAGUUGAAAUUGCAGAUAUUGGUUGUGGAUUUGGUGGUUUAUUAAUUAAAUUAGGUCCUUUAUUUCCUGAGAAAUUAAUAUUAGGGAUGGAAAUUAGAGUUCAAGUUACUCAGUAUGUUGAAGAUAGAAUAAUUGCUUUACAAAAUAAUCAUAAGAAUAUAACGGAUCAAAGUCAUAAUAAUGAAGAUAAUUCCAAUAAAGAUGAUGGAAACACUAAUGAAACCAAACAAAAUAAUUCAUAUAAUUAUGGAAAUAUAGGAGUAAUAAGAGGAAACGCAAUGAAAUUCUUACCAAAUUUUUUUCAUAAGCAACAACUUUCAAAAUUAUUUUUUUGUUUUCCUGAUCCUCAUUUUAAACAAAGAAAACAUAAAGCAAGAAUAAUAACAAAUACAUUAUUGAAUGAAUAUGCCUUUUUAUUAAAAGAAAAUGAAGGUAUAAUAUAUACUAUAACUGAUGUUUUAGAUUUACAUAAUUGGAUGAAAAAACACUUGGAGGAGCAUCCAUUAUUUGAAAGACUACCAAAACAAUGGGAAGAUCAAGAUGAAUGUGUUUCUUUAAUUCUUAAUCUGACUGAAGAAGGUCAAAAAGUUGAUAGAAAUGAUGGUGAUAAAUAUAUUGCUUGUUUUAGAAGAAUUAAAAAUCCUGAUGAUUGUGAAUAA